AUUCUACUGUAAAGCACCUCAGCACCUGCACAUCUAAUACUUUUCGCUCUUUCUCCGUCGCGGGGCGCUGAUCUCCCCAACAGUCCCUUUGCUAUCUCAACCGUAGGCGCUGUCUCGCGGAACGCCAUAACCUGCUUCCACAGGCCUGGAAGCUUUUGACAUUCUCGCUAGAAAACAGAGAACAACAGAGAAAAAAGAUAUUUUCUACGUUAGAUCCAAAGUGACACAGAGAAAGAGAGAAGCGAAGAAGAUGAUACUUGCAAUCCUGUUCACCAACAGCGAAGGGAACAUCCUAAUUGAACGAUUUAAUGGAGUUCCAGCAGAAGAAAGGCUACACUGGCGAUCUUUCUUAGUUAAGCUUGGAGCAGAUAAUCUUAGAGGUGUCAAAAAUGAGGAGCUCUUAGUUGCUUCACACAAGUCAGUUUAUAUAGUUUACACAGUGCUUGGGGAUGUCAGCAUUUAUGUUGUGGGGAAGGAUGAAUAUGAUGAACUUGCCUUGGCAGAAGUGAUUUUCGUCAUAACUUCAGCAGUGAAGGAUGUAUGUGGAAAGCCUCCAACAGAGCGCCUUUUCUUGGAUAAGUAUGGAAGGAUAUGCCUGUGUUUGGAUGAAAUUGUUUGGAAGGUGAGCAAAAAUUUCGAAUCAAUAAGACCAUUGAGAAAUCUGAAGUUUGAAAUUUCCAAUUUUUCUUAGAAUGGUUGACAAAAA